UCCUUCCCUCCCUGCCCUUCCGCCUCGCGCGCGCACUCCCCGCCCCCUCAGAUGUAGCUGCUGCCGUUGCCGCCGCCUCAGUGCGCGCCGGGAGCCAGGAGACUUCGCGGGAGCAGAGCGCCGCUGUGCACACCACUGGAAUAAAAGCUCAGCAAGUCUGCAAUAAAAAUGGCCACCAAUAAAUCUACAUUGCAUAAAAUGGGGAAAAAGCAGAACGGCAAAGGCAAAAAAGUUGAAGAAACAGAACCUGAGGAAUUCGUUGUGGAGAAAGUCCUGGACAGGCGUGUAGUUAAUGGCAAGGUUGAGUACUUCUUGAAAUGGAAAGGAUUUACUGAUGCCGAUAACACAUGGGAACCAGAAGAAAACUUGGAUUGUCCAGAGUUAAUAGAAGCUUUUCUGAGUUCCCAGAAAGCUGGUAAAGAAAAAACAGAGGGCGCCAAAAGAAAAUCUCUUUCAGAUAGUGAGUCUGAUGACAGCAAAUCAAAGAAAAAAAGAGAUUCUGUUGAUAAACCCAGGGGAUUUGCAAGAGGUCUUGAUCCUGAGCGAAUAAUUGGAGCCACAGACAGUAGUGGGGAACUUAUGUUUCUUAUGAAAUGGAAAGAUUCUGAUGAAGCAGACCUGGUGCUCGCCAAAGAAGCAAAUGUUAAAUGCCCUCAGAUUGUAAUUGCUUUUUAUGAAGAACGACUAACCUGGCAUUCAUGCCCAGAGGAUGAAGCGCAAUAAUUGUUUGGGUUAUCCCCCCUCCCCCUUUUUUAUAUAUGUAUGAUUAUAACUUACCAGAAAUGUUGAGACAAGUUUGAUUAUUUUUGAAGUAAUGUGUUUUGCAUAAACAGAAAGGAAAAAAGAGUUUGUGCUAUUUGCUUUGUUUUAUUACAGGAGAGCAUUUGGUACUGCUUUCUUCAUUUUAGGCAAAGUGUUUUAUAAAACUUGUUAGUUAAUAGUGAACCCUAACGGCAGAUUGAUCAAGUUCACAAGUGUUUUUGUAGUUCUAUACGACUGUUGUGCAUGCAUCUUUCCCUCGGUUUAACCCUUUAAAGUCUUUAGUAUUUGUGGGUACUUUGUUCUAAAGGGACCAGGUAAAAACUCUUUAGUAAGUGGAAGGUGCAGACUGUAUAUUAUUUACUUUAUUGUAAAUACUGGUGAACACUUAUCAAUAAAAUAGUUUUAUAUUAUU